CUCUCUUUCUCUCUCUCUGUGUGAGAGUGUGUGAGUGUGUACACUCUCCCUCCUCUCUCAGAGUUACAGCGUCUCCUCUCACUCUCUCUCUCACUCUGCUCGGUGUUAUUCAGAUCUGAGGUUUAGCUCCGGCUGCAGUGUGUACUGAGUGCGGCGCCCCCUGCAGUAUGACUCAGAGUAAUGGAGAGACGCAGCCCCAGAGGGGGCGGGUCCAGCAGCUCCGCCACACCUUAACCCAGCGCUCCCUGCAGGCGUGCAACACCGUGCAAAACAUCCGACCCAACGACGUCAAAACCUUCCUCAGGAGGAACGCCUUCGUCAUCCUCACCGUCGCCGCUGUCAUCAUCGGUAUUAUCCUGGGCUUUGCGUUGAGGCCGUAUCGGAUGUCGUACCGCGAGGUGAAGUAUUUCUCGUUUCCUGGAGAGCUGCUGAUGAGGAUGCUGCAGAUGCUGGUGCUCCCCCUGCUGGUCUCCAGUUUAAUUACAGGAAUGGCUGCACUGGACAGUCGUGCGUCGGGUAAGAUGGGUGUGCGAGCGGUGGUUUAUUACACCACCACCACCGUCAUCGCCGUCUUCAUCGGGAUCGUUAUGGUGCUGAUCAUCCACCCCGGCAGCGGGAGCCGCGACGAGUUCAGCACCAAACAGACCAUCGAACAAGUCAGCCCCGCCGACGCCUUCCUCGACCUCAUCAGAAACAUGUUCCCUCCUAACCUGGUCCAGGCUUGCACCCAGCAGUUUAAGACGCAGUACGGGCGGCGGGUGGUGACGGUGCGGGUGGAGGUAAACGGCAGCGGGAACGUGUCGGAGCGGAGUUACGAGGAAUCUGUGCCGGUUUUGGGGACGGUGAACGGGAUUAACGCUCUGGGGCUGGUGGUUUUCUCCAUGGGCUUCGGGCUGAUCAUCGGCAGCAUGAAGGAGCAGGGUCAGCCCCUCCGGGACUUCUUCGACUGCCUCAACGAAGCAAUCAUGAGACUGGUGGCCAUCAUCAUGUGGUACGCUCCGGUGGGUAUCUUGUUCCUGAUAGCGGGGAAGAUCGUGGAGAUGGAGGAUCUGGGGGCGAUGGGGGGGCAGCUGGGCAUGUACACCAUCACGGUGAUCGCUGGCCUCCUCAUCCACGCCAUCCUCGUCCUGCCCACCCUCUACUUCCUCGUCACUCGCAAAAACCCCUUCCUGUUCAUUGGAGGAUUACUGCAGGCCCUCGUCACCGCACUCGGCACCUCCUCCAGCUCUGCCACUCUGCCGAUCACGUUUAAGUGUCUGGAGGAGAAUAACGGGGUGGAUAAGAGGGUGACGCGCUUUGUACUGCCGGUGGGAGCGACGAUAAACAUGGACGGGACGGCGCUGUACGAGGCGCUGGCGGCCAUAUUUAUUGCUCAGGUUAACAACAUGGAGCUCAACUUCGGACAAAUACUGACCAUCAGCAUCACAGCGACAGCCGCCAGUAUCGGAGCAGCUGGAAUCCCGCAGGCCGGAUUGGUUACCAUGGUGAUAGUGCUGACCUCUGUAGGACUGCCAACCGAUGACAUCACACUCAUUAUUGCAGUCGAUUGGUUCCUGGAUCGACUGAGGACCACCACUAAUGUUCUGGGGGACUCGAUCGGGGCGGGCAUCGUGGAGCACCUGUCGAGGGCGGAGCUAGCGGCGGCGGACGCUGAGCUGGGGAACUGCGUUGUGGAGGAAAACGAGGAGAAGAAGACCCCGUACCAGCUCAUCCCCCAGAGCCCCGACGACCACCUGCCCGACUCAGAGACCAAGAUGUAGCAAAUCACACACCACACGGACUCUCUAACACACACACAAACACACACACACACCUUUUCACAGAGCUACAUAACUGCCUUUUUUACAUGGUGUGGCCAGCUCCUUAUUCCAAUUCCCCAUUCUACCUUAAAGGUGCAGAAGUUAUAUUCUGCCACUAUUCUAAUUUUCUGUUCCACCUUAAAUUUUGCAGUGGUUACAUUCUGGCUACUGAGGUGCCACUGUAAUGCUGCACCAUUUAAGGAACAGAAAAUUCCAAUUGGACUCCAGGACUCCAGAAUGUAAUAACUGCAGCAUUUAAGGUGGAAUGAAGAAUUCUAGUAAGAAUCAGUAGGUCCUGAGGCACCACAAUGUAUCUGCUGCACCAUUUAAGGUGGAACAGAAAAUUCCAAUAAGACUAAGUAAAAUCUGAGGGUCCAUAAUGUAAAUUCUGAGAGUUUUAAUAAGACUCACCAAAGCCUGAGGUUGAAGAAUGUAACUAAUGCAGCUAACUAAUCCAGUUUUGUUCAGUCCAGGGGUUUAAUGAUUAGCAGGUACCAGUGUUACCUGGUGGAGUUUGAGCUACGCUUGCCUCAUAGCUGCAGUUCCAAAAACAGAAACAGAAGUUUGGGAGUUUUUAAGAGAAAUAAGUGUAAAAUUGUUGAGAACUGUUACUUUAAAAUAACUGCACUGUGUCAGCGCUGUCAGUUACCACUCAUUUCAUAUCACAGUUCUGAGAUCAGUUUUACUGGUGUUUCAUUUCAUGUUUGUUUGUUUACUUUUUGUAUAAUAAACAAUAAAAAGGCGACUGGGUUUUUGGGUUCCUCUCGGCAAAAAGAACAAACCCCCCCCCCCCCCCCCCAACACACACACACACACACACACUAUACACACACACACACACACACACACACACACACACACACACACACACUAUACACACACACUAUAUACACACACACACUAUACACACACACACCUGUACUGGCACUGCCUAUUCAUCCCUGCGUCUCUAGGGGGCGCUGAACCUCUAAUUUUACAUUUUAUUCAGUAGAAUUUGUAGAAGUACUGAUUUAGUAUUAGUUAGAUAGGCUUACUUUUCUGUUCUUGUGUUUAAAAUACAUGAAAGUGGCCCAAAAACCCGAAACAGCCCCGCCCACGAACUGAUCGGCCAGUUGACUGAUUGGCUGGUUAACUUAGUCUGAGUGAGCAACACACAGCCCCACUGUUUACAGUGUUAAAUACAGCGUUAAUCAGUGCAGUGUACGCGCGCACCCAGGGUCCUGCAGAGGGCGCUAUAUGUGUACCAUUGGUAGUUUAAUGCUGUUUGUAUAAAAGAUGAUGAAUACUGGUUAAAGGGAUUAUUCAUGUAUUCUGUUUUUCUGCAGGAAAUGAUCGGUUCCUAUUCUUUAAUGUGUUUCAAAUGAAUUAUGUGUAAUUUUGGGUUUAUAUCUGUUAAACACUAAUAAAGGUUUUUGACAACAUAAAA